CCAGGUUUCACUUUCCAAUAGUGAAGGAACCAGGGAAGGGCAGACUGAGCUUUCUGGGAUUGUUUCCGAGGGUCCCACGGUCUGGUCUCUGCAGACACCCCUGGGCCGGGCUCUGCUGCUUCUCCACUCUCCUGAGACCACCUGCCCCCAGACAUGAGGAACUCAGACUUGGAUCUGCAUCAGGACUGGGGCUCUGAGUGACUAACUUUAGGUGCAAAUUCUGAGGGCAGAUUUGGGGUCUGCCAGGGUCCCUGAACCUUCUCAUGCUGCUGAGUUUAGAGACGCUUCUGAAGUUCUGGCCUUUCAGAGCAACUCUGAGGAGAUGGAGGACUUCUCCUGCAGCUCUGGGCUCAGCCACCUCACCUCCCUGCUCCUCAUCCUCCUGCUGCCCACUGGGGAGUCCACAGUUCCGGGUGAUUGGCCCUUUGGAUCCCAUCGUGGCAGUGCUGGGUGGAGAAGCUGUGCUGCCCUGCUCCCUAUUUCCGGCUGUGAGUGCAGAGGACAUGGAGCUGAGGUGGUACCGCUCCAAAUUUUCGGAAGCCGUGUUCGUCUAUCAGAACCGACAGGAGCAGAAGGAGGAGCAGAUGGCUCCUUACGCAGGGCGGACCUCACUGGUGGGGGACCUCCUCAACCAGGGAUAUGCUGCCGUGCGCAUCCAGAGGGUCCAGGCUUCUGACAAUGGGCUGUACACCUGCUUCUUCAGAAAGGGAGGCCUCUACAAAAAGGCUGGUUUGGAGUUGAAGGUGGCAGGUGUGGGCUCUGCCCCUCAGGUGCGCAUCACAGGGCCUGAGGAGGAUGGGGUCCGCAUGGUGUGCAUGGCCUCGGGGUGGUUCCCGAAGCCCCAGGUGCAGUGGAGAGACCUCAGCGGAGAGAAGUUCCUGGCGUUCUCCGAGGCUCACACCCAGGAUGCUGAAGGGCUGUUCAGUGUGGAGGCGGCUCUGGUGGUGAGAGACAGCUCUGUGGGGAAGGUGACCUGCUCCAUCCUCAACCCUGUCCUGGGCCAGGAGAAGGUCAUGGCCAUUUUCAUCCCAGAGCCCUUCUUCCCCCAGGCCUCUCCCUGGAAGGUAGCUUUCUCGGUGAGCUUGACUGUGCUGGUGAUCUUGCUCCUUGGGGCUGGAUGUUACACCAAGAGAGAACAUUCCUUGAAGGUGCAGGAGAUGCGAGAAAAGGAGACUCUGUGCCAGACUAGAGAGCAGGACCGUCAGACAAAGGAGGAAGUGCUGAAGGACGCAGCUAUACUUCAGGAAGAACUUAAGAGGAGGAAAUCUGCUUACCUGGCUGCCUGGAGGAAGGCCCAGCUGUAUGCAGAUUGGCGGAAGGAGGAGUUCCAGGAAUGGCCUGUCACUCUGGAUCCAGCAUCUGCCCAUUCAAACCUUGUCAUCUCUCAUGAAAAGACAAGUGUGACCUUGAAGAACUCCUGUGUGACCUCUGGAGAUACCUGCAGUGUACUGGGCUUUGAGGGCAUCACAUCAGGGCGCUGUUACUGGGAGGUGGAGAUCAGGGAUGGAGACCAAGGCGAGUGGAUGCUGGGGGUCUGUAGGGAAGAUGUGAACAGGAAAGGCUGGAAAGGAGAAGGAUCUGGGUUUUUCUGUAAUGUCUGCAUCACGAGGAAGAAAAGAACUGUUACCAGCAUUAACUCUGAAGACGAGAGUUUUCAGAGGCAGGUGGAUUGCAGAAUGCUUUGACUGUGAGCAUGAUUCUAGUAAUCAGUGUAUUGCCUCUUAGUACUUCCAAGUUCUAUGGUUAAGGGCAGAAAAGGAAGCAGGACUCUGAGGGACCCAGACCUUUGGGGAUUUGUCAAGCUCCUUAAAUUUUAGAGGUGCCUGGGGAGUAAGCCUGCAGGCUGUGGCUCUACUUCACUGACAGUAUAGAAUGGCUGCUGUAGCUACUGGUUGGAUAGGCAGUACCCAAUUUCUGAUUGUUUGCGUGUGUUUGUUUUUGUGUGCACAAACUACUUUUUUCAACCCAUUAAUUAAAGGGGGGACAGUAAGCUGUACAACCUGUUCACAGAAGAAUUCAAAGUACUACAUAUUGAUAGAUUCAAGCAUGCUUCAACAAAGGAAACUAUAAGCAAGACUAAAAGACAGCCUUCAGAAUGGGAGAAAAUAAUAGCAAAUGAAGCACCAGACAAAGAACUAAUCUCAAAAAUAUACAAGCAACUCCUGCAGCUCAAUUCCAGAAAAAUAAACAACCCAAUCAAAAACUAAGAACUAAACAGACAUUUCUCCAAAGAAGACAUACAGAUGGCUAACAAACACAUGAAAAGAUGCUCAACAUCACUCAUUAUCAGAGAAAUGCAAAUCAAAACCACAAUGAGGUACCAUUACACGCCAGUCAGAAUGGCUGCUAUCCAAAAGUCUACAAGCAAUAAAUGCUGGAGAGGGUGUGGAGAAAAGGAAACCCUCUUACACUGUUGGUGGGAAUGCAAACUAGUACAACCACUAUGGAGAACAGUGUGGAGAUUCCUUAAAAAACUGGAAAUAGAACUGCCAUAUGACCCAGCAAUCCCACUCCUGGGCAUACACAUCAAGGAAACCAAAACUGAAAGAGACACGUGAACCCUAAUGUUCACUGCAGCACUGUUUAUAAUAGCCAGGACAUGGAAGCAACCUAGAUGUCCAUCAGCAGAUGAAUGGAUAAGAAAGCUGUGGUACAUAUACACCAUGGAAUAUUACUCAUCCAUUAAAAAGAAUACAUUUGAAUCAGUUCUAAUGAGGUGGAUGAAACCGGAGCCCAUUAUACAGAGUGAAGUAAGCCAGAAAGAAAAACACGAAUACAGUAUACUAACGCAUAUAUAUGGACUUUAGAAAGAUGGUAACGAUGACCCUAUAUGCAAGACAGAAAAAGAGACACAGAUGUAUAGAACAGACUUUUGGACUCUGUGGGAGAAGGCAAGGGUGAGAUGAUCUGAGAGAAUAGCAUUGAAACAUGUAUAUUAUCAAUUGUGAAACAGACCGCCAGUCCAGGUUUGAUGCAUGAGACAAGUGUUCAGGCCUGGUGCACUAGGAUGACCCAGAGGGAUGGGAUGGGGAGGGAGGUGGGAGGGGGGUUCAGGAUGGGGAACACAUGUAGAUCUAUGGCUGAUUCAUAUCAAUGUAUGGCAAAAACCACUACAAUAUUGUAAAGUAAUUAGAGUCCAACUAAUAUAAACAAAUGAAAAAAAAAUAAAGCAUGCUUAAAUUUAUUUACAAAUAGAUGCAAAACUGGUCAAUAUUCAAGAAGUUAUAAUUGGACUCCAUUGAAUACAAUUUGGAAUUCUAUGGAAUUAUUCUGAUCAUUUCUAAAAUGCCUAUUUUAAAGAAGCCAUCUUUUAUUAGCUAUUCCUCUAUCAUUCUGGAAAUCUUUUCCUUGUAUUGCAAAAAAAGCUAUAAUUAUUUAAAACCUGGAAAUAUUCACUUUGCUGAAUAUGUAGAAACAUAUAAUGUUGUAAAUCAACUAUACUUUAAAAUAUUAAUUAAAAAAAUCUUGAAAAGAGACAAAAUGUAAGGUGUCAUGUUGGAGUAGGAAAUUGCAACCCACUCCAGUAUUCUUGCCUGGGAAAUCCCUUGGACAGGGGAGCCUGGAGGGCUACAGUCCAUGGGGUCGCAGAGAAUCAGACAUGCCUGAGUGGCUGAGCACAGCACAACACGGUAUAGGACAUUAACCACUUUCCCCCGCUCACCAGCAUAUUUAUUUCUUACUGCUUUUCCUGGUGAGACAAUAAUUAAGCUAUCCUUCAAAAUGCUCUUUGAACCAGCUUUAUAAUUGUAACAG